GCAAUCGCUGCCAAUCGCUUUGCAAUCGAUUACUUUUGACAAAUUAUUACCACAUGCAUUCACCUUAUAAGUUUCUUCUGUUGCAGCCUUCCAUUUGCCUGCUGCUAGUCAUCUGCCUCGCCGCGUGCAGCCAAGCGAUACGCGUGGAUUGGGGCACCAAUACGGGUCCAAUACUGCCACCGCCUCCACGUACCACGCCCGCACCGCCUAGCCGGCCAUACCGCGAACCGGCGCCUGUUUGGGAAGACCUGAGUGACGAUCUGCCCAACCCGCAGCCUUAUGUCUAUGUGCUGCCGCCUCCAUCUCGGCCGCGUACCUGGGUCAUACCCGCUGGCCCCUAUGCACCGCCGAACUACAACAAUCAGCCGCCCAAGUACAACUAUGGCCAGUUAGUGGAUACCUAUAGCAAUGGAGGAGCGGGACCAGCAACUGGCACUGUCACUGUGCCGGCGCUGGCCGCUCAGUAUGUGCCUGGAGUGGGCAUCAAGUAUACUGCGAUUGCGCCCAACAACAACAAGCUGCAGGGCAAAUACAAUGCGAAGACCAAGAAAUACAAGGCCUACGAGAAGGCCAAAUAUGCGCCAUGGAACUAUUUGCAGCUGCUGCCCGUGGAGGAGAAGGCGCUGGACUGGCAGGAGGCGGAGGAGGCGCCAGUGAAGGAGGCGCACUCCGAAAUGCCUCUAGACACACUUAGCUCCUCCACGACUGCAGCGCCCAACAGCAAUAGCAGCAGCCCAGCAACAGCAACAACAACAGCAACUUCAGCAACGCAAACAUCAACAACGCAACAACCAACAACAACAACAACAACAACGACGACGACGGCCACUAUGUUUGCCAAUUACAAGCUGGCACAUGAGAAGAGCGCCUACCUGAAGAAGCACAACAAGUUGAAGAAGCUGCUCGAAAAGUUGCAGGCACCCAGCAACCAGACGCAAGCGAACGCGACCUCAAGUUGAGCGAUGCAUAAAAAAAAUUUAAAAAAAAAUCGAAA